AUGCCUUCCGUACAGCCAUGUAGAGCAGCGCUGCUGCAGUGCGUUCGAUCGACACCCCGUCAGGCAUCGAGACUGACGGUCUCGGCUCAACGGCAGCGACGACAUGCCUCGACUCGGAAACAUCCAAAAGGCUUCGAGCCUCCAACGCAAUCCGAGCUAGAGCAAUUGCGAGAACGAACAGUAGAGUUUGUACGGCGAGAGAUCCCGCAAGAUCUUGCCCAAGCCACCGAUCACAAGAAUGAAUUUCCCCAUGACAUGUGGCAGAAGCUCGGCGAGGCUGGCUUCCUGGGCAUCACAGCAGAUGAAGGCUACGGGGGUUUGGCAAUGGGCUACCAGGCGCACUGUGUUGUGCUGGAAGAGCUGAGUCGAGCGUCCGGCAGCAUUGGCCUAUCAUACGCCGCGCACUCGCAGCUUUGCGUGAACCAGUUCCAGCUGCAUGGCAACGACGAACAGAAGGCGCAAUGGCUGCCGGGUCUCGUGUCCGGAGAGAAGAUUGGGGCAUUGGCUAUGUCGGAACACACGGCAGGCAGUGAUGUGGUCAGCAUGAAGACGACGGCAAAGAAGGUCGAUGGCGGAUAUCAGCUAAAUGGCUCCAAGAUGUGGAUCACCAAUGGACCAGAUGCACAUGUCAUUGUUGUGUAUGCGAAGACAGAGCCUGCAGCCGGCAGUAAGGGCAUCACUGCGUUCCUUGUGGAUACCACGACACCUGGAUUCAGUGUGGCCCGUAAGCUUGACAAGCUUGGCAUGAGAGGCAGUAACACUGGAGAGCUGCUUUUUGACGGUGUUUUCGUCCCGGAAUCUGCCAUGCUUGGUCCCCUCAAUGGAGGCGUCAAAGUGUUGAUGGAGGGUCUUGACCUGGAACGGCUGGUCCUCUCUGCUGGUCCGCUUGGCCUGAUGAAGGCUGCCCUCGACGUCACACUACCAUACGUGCAUGAGCGGAAACAGUUCGGCAUCCCACUGGCGCACAAUCAAUUCAUACAGGGCAAGCUUGCGGACAUGUAUACCAAGUAUCGCGCCAGCUCCGCCUUCACUUACUCUGUCGCACGUGCGAUCGACGAGAACUUCGAAGCUCCAGAAAUCAAGACUCAGGAUUGUGCAGGAGCGAUCAUGUAUGCAUCUGAAAGAGCGACAGAAUGUGGAAUGGACGCAAUUCAGUGCUUGGGCGGCAUGGGAUAUAUGAACGAAAUGAUCGCCGGACGCAUCAUGCGUGAUGCAAAGCUGUAUGAGAUCGGUGCUGGAACGACUGAAGUCAGGAAGAUUGUGAUAGGCAGAGCUUUCAAUAAGGAGUAUGCAUCAUGA